ACAGAGCUGAGGGAAUUGAAGGAGGGGGGCAGCAUCCUUUUAAAGACAGAGACAGACUCAGGACCAGACGAAGGAUGGAGCUAAGUUUGAUGCUUUUUGCUCUCAUUUGUUUAGAAGGUAGCAAAUCUCUACCUGUAUCUUCUCCUGUACUCUCUGCCAGCUGGGGCAAAACCGACAGACUGAUACACCUGUACACAGCUACAGAAUGGAACAGCUUCCACCUACAGAUCAAUUAUGACGGACGAGUGGAUGGGACCCCUCGCCAAACUGUUUAUAGCGCAGUGACAAUUAAAUCGGAAGAAGCCGGCUACGUGGUCAUAGCGGGAGUUAAAACUGGACACUACCUGUGCAUGGAUAAAUACGGAAAUAUAUUUGGAUCUCACUACUUUAGUCAGGACAACUGCGUAUUCAAGCACGAAACACUAGAAAAUAAGCAUGACGUCUACUACUCUCCAGAACACGGCUUCUUACUCAGCCUGAAGAAACCCAAGCUCCGCUUUCAGCCAGACAUGGCCCUGCCACCAUAUUCUCAGUUCUUGUCCAUGGAGAACAAAAUCCCCAUAAUCCGUUUCAACACCCCAGAACCAGUCAGGCACACCAGGAGUGUGGAUGACUUCUCUGACCCAAAUCGGAUCAUCACCCCCAGGAAGACCGGUUGGGAUUAUGCAGCUCCAAAUCAUAACCCUUUCCAAGAUGUCUGGUUACCACACCCUAAAGGCCCUGUAAGAAUUAACCAUAAUGAUAUGGUAGACCCCGACGAUCCAGAUGGCAUUGUUAAAUUUAAAGGACAACGCCACUUUAAGAGGUAGCCAUGAAAAGCUAGACUCGGAUCACUAGACUUGAUAUCUGGUUACAAAUCGCUUAAAGCUUAAAUACGGUUCGUAGGCUGCAGUCAAUGAUAUUACAA